UAUGAUAACAUAUAUAAAUUACUCUCUAAUGUAUUCUUAUAAUAAAAUAUAUUACUUACAAACAUACUUCAUAUUCAGUUUUUAAUUUUCAAUUUUCAAUUUUCAAUGGCGGGGUUAUUGUGGAAGAGGGGCACAACUCUAGGUCAAGGUGGAUUCGCUGUUGUCUCGUUAGCUUCUACGUCUAACGCACUAUUUCGUGGUGUUACUCUUCCAUCUCUCAUCGCCCUCAAAUCAUGCAACUACAAUGCUUCUCAAUCAUUGAAAGAAGAAGUUGAAAUCCUCCGAAUGUUCAAACAUUCUCCUCACAUUGUUCACUGUUUCGGAGCUAAUGUCUCUUUUGAAGAUAACGUCAAUCUUUACAACUUAUUACUCGAGUAUGCUUCCGGAGGAAGCCUUGCUGAUCGUCUUCAGAACUGCAAUUCACUGUCGGAGUUUGAAGUUAAGAAACACACAAAGAAUGUACUUAUAGGGCUCAGUUGUAUACACAAUAAAGGAAUUAUUCACUGCGAUAUCAAACCUGGAAAUAUUCUCCUUGUAGGCGGGGACAAAACUGCCAAGAUUGCUGAUUUCGGGCUCUCCAUGACCUUGGAACAGGGCAUGAAUCAAAAACAGGGAAUUAUCAGGGGAACAGAAAGGUAUAUGGCACCUGAGUCCGUGAUUAACACUGAGUAUACCCCAAAAGUUGAUAUUUGGGCUCUUGGUUGUACUGUCUAUGAGCUGAUUACGGGGACACCGCUAUGGGAAGACGCAGAUGGUGAUGAUGUGUUGCACAAAAUCGAGUUUGAGGAACCAAAGUUUCAGAAUCCAAAGUUGUCAACUGAGGCUAGAAAUUUUCUGGAAAAAUGUCUUGUGAAGAAUCCGAGCACGCGUUGGACUGCAGACAUGCUCUUGAACCAUACAUUUCUGCAGAAUUUAUCCAAAGUAGCCAACACAGCGAAGACAAGGAAGAAGAAAAUUGAUUCAAUGUCCUUUCUACACCAACCAAUCCAGAAGAUAACAUUCAAGAUCGGCCAUCAUAAAUUCUCGAGGCAAUUGCUGGAUCAAAAGCCCCUUCUAGACAAACCAAUCAAGAAGAUAACAAUCAAGACCGGCAAUCAUAAAUUCGUGAGGUACUUGACAGAUCUGAAGAAAGUAGAGAAUGAAACUUGUGGAAGGGUAUUGAGUACUGACAAUAGAUAGAUACAUGAUAAAAAAUUAUUUGUAUAUAUAUAGAGAAGUAUGUAUGGGUUUGAUCCCUCUUUAGGAUUUCUAUUUGGGGUAUGUAGGCAACGUGUGACGAAGAUGAUCUCACGUGCAGCCCCUUAUUAGUUUAAUAAAAAAAAAGUUGUAUAGUUGAUCAACAUUCUUUAUAAAGAAAGGCGAGUUAUUAUAUCUGUGUUGCAAACUUGAGCUUGUUAUUAUGAUUGAAUUGAUAGGUUAGAAAUCUAUGGUUUCCUUAUUAUUAUGACUCAUCUGUUGUGUUUUUCCAUAUUUGUGCCCUCUCUUUUGUCACCAAUUAAAAACAA